AUUCCCCUUCCUGAAAAUUGUUUACUCUUACUGUGGUUUUUCCAGUUAUGUUGCUGAGUCUUUGCAAUUUCUCUUAAACCCUAAUUCAUAGGGUAUCGAUUCGGAACGACAACAAAAUCUCUGUAAAGUCAGCCAGACGAAUAGCUUCGAGCUUUGAUUCCUGUCUGCAACAGCGGGACUGUUUGUGUUAAAUGGCCAAUAAUUCUCAGCCCUCCAACAUGCAGUUUCGGCCAGUCAUUCAAGCUCAGCAAGGGCAACAAUUUGUUCCUAUGAAUUCACAACAAUUUGGACCUGCAGGACAUGCUAUUCCUUCUUCAAAUGUGGGAAUGCCUGUCAUUCAAGGUCAACAGUUGCAAUAUUCUCAACAAAUGCAGCAAUUGACUCCAAGACCAAUGCAGCCUGGUCAUCUUGCUCCUUCAUCACAACCUAUACCCAUGCCAUAUGUUCAGACAAACAGACCAAUGUCAUCUAUUCCACCCCAUUCACAAACUGUUCCUCCUUUAAGCAAUCAUAUGCCUGGCUUACCUGUUUCUGGAGCACCUCCUCAUUCUUCAUAUUCUUUCACACCAUCAUAUGGUCAGCAGCAUGAUAAUGCAAAUGCAUUGGCUCAAUACCAGCAUCCACCUCAAAUGCUUGCUCCUCCUGGUGGUCAACCUUGGCCGUCAUCUGCAUCUCAGAGUGUUGCACCUUCUACAUCUGUUCAGCCGUCUGGGUUGCAAUCGUCUGGAGCUACAUUGACUGAUGCGGUAACUAAUGCAACUAACCAGCAAUCCUUAUCUGAUUGGCAAGAGCACACUUCUGCAGAUGGGAGAAGAUAUUACUACAACAAGAGGACAAGGCAAUCAAGUUGGGAGAAACCUUUGGAAUUGAUGUCACCUAUUGAGAGAGCUGAUGCAUCGACAGUUUGGAAAGAAUUCACUUCUUCAGAUGGAAAAAAGUAUUAUUACAAUAAGGUUACUCAACAAUCAACGUGGUCAAUACCAGAGGAACUUCAGUUGGCUCGGGAGCAGGCACAAAAAGCUGCAAACCAGGGAAUGCAGUCAGAAACAAGUGAUACACCCAAUGCUGUUGGCUCAUCAAUUGCAACAUCAACAGCAGCUAAUGCAGCUAGCUUGAACCCUUCUUUGACAUCAAAUGGGCCUGCUUCCAGCCCAUCUUCUGUCAUACCAAUUGCAUCAACCGAUUCUCAGCAGUUGGUUUCUGGAUUAUUAGGGGCCUCUGUUUCACACUCUACAGUUACCUCAAGCACCACAAGUGUUGAACCAAGCAGUGCGGGAAGUGCUGUGCCUGUAGUAAUUGCAGGAAGCUCAGGACUACCUGAGAACUCACCUCAACUAUCCAAAAUGCCACCCAUUGUCGAAAAUCAAGCAUCUCAAGAUUUUGCUUCUGCAAAUGGAUCUUCUCCUCAAAAUAUUGAGGAAGCUAAAAAAGCAUUGGCUGAGGUUGGGAAAAAUAAUGUGAUUCCAUCUGAGGAGAAAACUAAUGAUGAUGAAACCUUGGUAUAUGCAAAUAAGUUGGAAGCAAAAAAUGCAUUUAAAGCGCUGCUGGAAUCUGUGAAUGUUCAGUCUGAUUGGACCUGGGAACAGGCAAUGAGAGAAAUCAUCAAUGACAAAAGAUAUAAUGCCCUGAAAACACUUGGUGAGCGAAAACAAGCCUUUAAUGAGUAUUUGGGCCAAAGGAAGAAGCUGGAGGCUGAAGAGAGACGGAUGAAGCAGAAAAGAGCCCGCGAAGAAUUCACAAAGAUGUUGGAAGAGUGCAAGGAACUUACAUCCUCCAUGAGAUGGAGCAAAGCCAUUAGGAUGUUUGAAAAUGAUGAACGAUAUAAUGCUGUUGAAAGACCAAGAGACCGAGAGGAUUUAUUUGAAAGCUACAUGGUGGAACUUGAGAGGAAGGAGAAGGAAAAUGCGGCAGAGGAACACAGGCGGAAUAUAGCAGAAUAUAGAAAAUUUCUGGAGUCCUGUGAUUAUGUGAAGGUGAAUAGUCAUUGGCGUAAAAUCCAAGAUCGGUUAGAGGAUGAUGAUAGAUACUUGCGACUUGAAAAAAUUGAUCGCUUGCUAGUUUUUCAGGACUAUAUUCGAGACUUGGAGAAAGAAGAGGAGGAACAAAGAAGAAUACAGAAGGAUCGAGUCCGUCGGGGUGAAAGGAAAAACCGUGAUGCAUUUCGCAAGUUGCUUGAAGAACAUGUUGCUACUGGAUUUCUUACUGCUAAAACUCAAUGGCGAGAAUAUUGCUUGAAGGUCAGGGAUUUACCUCAAUAUCAAGCUGUUGCAUCAAAUACACUGGGUUCCACCCCAAAAGAUUUGUUUGAGGAUGUUGCAGAGGAUCUUGAGAAACAGUAUCAUGAAGACAAGACACUUAUAAAAGAUACAAUUAAGUCAGGCAAGAUCAUUGUGGUGACUACAUCAGUAUUUGAGGAGUUUAAGGCUGCUGUGUUGGAAGAUGCUGCAUGCCAAACAAUAUCUGACAUCAAUUUAAAGCUUAUAUUUGAGGAGUUGUUAGAUAGAGCUAAAGAGAAGGAGGAGAAAGAAGUCAAGAAGCGCCAACGCCUUGCUGAUGAAUUUACUAAUCUGUUAUAUACAUUCAAGGAUAUUACUACUUCCUCAAAAUGGGAGGAUUGCAAGUCACUUUUUGAGGAGACUCAAGAGUACAGGUCAAUUGGGGACGAAAGCUAUAGUAGAGAAAUUUUUGAGGAAUACAUCACAUACUUAAAGGAAAAAGCUAAAGAGAAGGAACGUAAGCGUGAAGAGGAGAAGUUCAAAAAGGAGAAAGAAAGGGAGGAGAAACGGAAGGAGAAGGAGAAAAAAGAAAAAGAUAGAGAACGAGAAAAGGAUAAGUCAAAGGAACGCCAUAGGAAGGAUGAAACAGAUAGUGAUCAAGACAUGGCUGACGUCCAUGGUUACAAAGAGGAGAAGAAAAAAGAAAAGGAUAAGGAAAGGAAACAUCGGAAAAGGCAUCAGAGCAGUAUAGAUGACGUGGAUUCGGAAAAGGAAGACAAGGAAGAAUCUAAAAAAUCACGAAGGCAUGGCAGUGAACGCAAGAAGUCUAGGAAGCAUGCAAACUCUCCUGAAUCAGACAAUGAGAACCGGCACAGACGACACAAGAGGGAGCACUGGGAUGUAUCUAGGAAAUCUGGGGGUCAUGAGGAACUUGAAGACGGAGAGCUCGGCGACGAUGUUGAAAACUAAUUGUUCUUUUCUAACCCUUUUGCAGUUAUUAGAUGGAAACCUUCACCUCCAUCUUUAAAGAAUAUUCAAUCUCUUUGUCAAAAUCUUCACCAUGUAUGAAUUUAGAAUCCUCGAUUGUAAAGAGAUCUUUUAGUCCUCGUUAUAGUUUCGACAAUUUUAUAGCCGCGGAAUUUGUACCAAGAGUACUGAGUACUACUGCAAAUGCAAAUUUAAAUUUAAAUUAACUGUAUCAUAAA